CAGCAUUUAGUGCUGGAUUUUUAUCCAUAGUGUGAGUAUCUGUUUUAAGAAUUAACAAAAGCAGUAUCAAGACAGCAAGAAUUCAAAACAAUGCCAAAGAUGAAUCUAGGACUGAUUACUCUCCUUUUGGCACUAAUCAAUGAUUCCAGCAGCCAUUAUUACUAUGGGGAUUACUACUUUCCCAUGUCAAUUUAUGGUCAAUCGAUACCAGAUUGUGCGCCAGAAUGUAACUGCCCCGGAAACUACCCAACAGCCAUGUACUGUGAUGAGCUGAAAUUAAAAAGUGUGCCAAUGGUGCCUCCGGGAAUAAAAUAUCUUUACCUAAGGAAUAACGAGAUUGACCAUAUUGAAGAAAAAGCCUUUGAGAACGUGACUGACCUACAGUGGCUGAUUCUAGAUUAUAAUCGUUUAGAAAACUCUAAGAUCAAAGGUAACGUUUUUUCUAAACUCAAGCAACUGAAAAAGCUACACAUAAAUCAUAAUAAUUUGACAGAGUCUGUGGGCCCACUUCCCAACUCACUAGAGGACCUGCAGCUCACUCACAACAAGAUCACAAAGCUGAAUUCCUUUGAGGGACUGGUAAACCUGACCCUUGUCCAACUUCAACACAACCAGCUGAAAGAAGAGGCCAUUUCCUCAGCACUCAAAGGACUAAAGUCACUGGAGUACCUUGACUUGAGCUUCAAUCAAAUGGCCAAACUACCUUCUGAUCUCCCAGCAUCUCUUCUAACUCUCUAUUUAGAUAACAAUAAAAUCACCACCAUCGGUGCUGAAUAUUUUAAGAAAUUUAAUGGACUGCAGUUUCUUCGUUUAUCUCAUAAUGAAUUGGCUGAUAGUGGAAUAUCUGGAAAUGCUUUUAAUGUGUCAUCUCUACUAGAGCUGGAUCUCUCAUAUAAUAAGCUUAAAAACAUCCCAGCUGUUAAUGAAAACCUGGAAAACUAUUACCUGGAGGUCAAUCAAAUUGAAAAGUUUGAAGUAAAGAGCUUCUGUAAGAUCCUGGGCCCAUUAUCCUAUUCCAAAAUCAAGCAUUUGCGUUUGGAUGGUAAUAACCUCACCCAAACUAGUCUUCCACCUGAUAUGUAUGACUGUCUACGUGUAGCAAAUGAAAUCACUGUUUAUUAAUCUUCAUGGAUUGCAAUCUAGUGGAAUUAUAUCCUAAAGCAAUACUUUAUGGUUCUGUUCAUGUGUAUGUCAAGUUUCAUUGUAUUUCCUUUCUGAUUGCUAAUUUAGUACCAUGUAUUUGAAAUUCUGAGUAAAAUUACCUUGUGAACAUUUUACUUCUUUUGGUAAAGAAAAGAUGAAAGGCAGGCCAGUUUCAUCACUAACACAGACACAUACAUCCACAGAGGCAACAACCUUAAUGCUUUUAGUUGUAAAGUUAAUGCUUUCUGCAUAUACACUCUUAAGUCAAAUGCAAAGCUCUUUACUUAUUUUAUGGACAUCAAAUUAGCCUUAUAAUGUCCAAAUAUUAAAAAGAAUAAAACAUAGACAUUAUACAUAC